UUGUUCUACCAAAGGCGCGUCCCCGUGUAGCUGAGCCGCUCGGAUGCAGUGACAGCAGCGAUAGAUUCACCAUGGGACCCAGGGAGUGAGAGCGGAGCCCGGGCAACAAGGGUAUCGCACCUCCUGCAGCUCUCAUUUUAGGUUCUGUUGGGACAAAUUUGUUACUGUUACAGUCACUGAAUAUUCUCUGCUUGGAUCAUUAACGAACCAAAAAUGAAGCACUUCAUGCGAGUGCUGACUUCGUGCAUUUUUGAUGCAAACAACCAUAGACCAAGAGAGACAGUACAAUAACUUACAGAAUGGUGGUUAAGGUGUGGAUAUACUUCUACUGCAUUUGUCUGUGGCGUUUCUUGAAAUUUAUCUUGCGGAAGCUGACGGGACGCUGCGAGCUGCAGAGAAUCUGUUACAAAAAUAAGCCCGGUGCUGGCCGAACGCUAAAGAUAGAAUCUUCCCUGAAGUCUUCAAAGAGCAAGCUUCUGCAGAAUGCCCCGGCUGCCCAUCCUGAUGCCAUUGAGAAAACUAUAGAAGACAUUCUGACUUUGAAGAAAGUGAAUCUUGACACAAAUCCGCAGUUGGCUGUGUCUCUCCAAGCCUGCCUCUUGCAGAUCGUUGGCUACAGAAACCUUACAGUGGAAAUUGAAAAGCUGCGUCGGGAGGCAUUCGAUUCAGAGGACCCGCAACAUGAAGAAAUGCUUUUAAAGCUUUGGAAGGCGCUGAAACCCAACGUUCCCCUGGAAGCUCGGAUUUCUAAGCAGUGGUGUGAAAUUGGUUUCCAAGGCGAUGACCCAAAAACAGAUUUCCGAGGAAUGGGCCUUCUCGGACUGUACAAUUUGGUAUAUUUUGCCGAGAAAGAUCCAACCUCAGCUCUUCAAAUCCUCUCCGACUCCCUUCAACCCAAAUCCAGGGAUGCCAAUAAGGAGGAAUUCAGCAAGAUGAGCAAAACAGAAUGGGAGAUGAAGAAGUUUGACAAAGCAAUAGGGUACUCAUUUGCCAUUGUUGGAAUCAAUAUUACUGACCUUGCCUACAACCUGCUGAUAAGUGGGGCACUUAAAACCCAUCUCUACAAUGUGGCCCCAGAAGCCCCCACAUUGCACCAUUUCCAGCAGACCUUCUGUUUCCUGAUGCACGAGUUUCAUAAGUUCUGGAUUGAAGAAGACCCUUUGGACAUCAUGGAGUUCAAUCGCGUCCGUAAUAAGUUCCACAAGCACAUCUUGAAGCAGCUCCAGAACACAGAUAUGGCGUUGUGUCCUCACUUUGCUGCCUCAGAGAGCUUAAUCAACCUGUAAGGAUCCACAUCCUCGAUUCCAAAUCACUGCCUCACUAUUGUGUUUAAACCACGGCUUCGAUCAUGGCUCAUGCUGUACGACCACAGCGAUUGUAUGCAUGCUUUUCAGUAUUCAUCACUCUUUUUCUUACACGACGAUCCCUCGACACUUGGCGCUCCGUGGGAUUGCGUUCAUUUAGUGGGUGCACAUAGUGCCAUUUGCACAGUGUUCUAUUUUCAUCCGACAUGAGAGGUUUCUAUUUUUUUAGAUUUUUCUCACAGUUGAAGAGUUGAAAAGUUGUAUUUGUCAAGUUUAGAUUGAUGUUCCAAGCGGCCAGCUCUUGUAUUGUAGACAUUUUAUGAUCUUCGGUGUGUUCUUGGGUCCUUACUAAGGUCUCGGGGGUUAAAUGUAUUUUUGGUAAUUUUUCUUAAAUUCCAUUGCUAGAUGAUGUCUCAAAUACAAACAUUUUAAAGUCUUUGGGAAGAACACACUAUAGUAAGAUUCAGUACUUUCUUACUGUAUAAUGUACAAAAUGCUCUUAGCAGCAAUGUGUCCAAGGGUGGGAUUGAUAUUGGCUUGAUUCUGAUAGGUUUAAAACUGAAACGACCCUUUAUAUUUAACAGAAUGUUAAAAAAAGACAAUUUUUUAUAAAUAUUGCUGUUUUGGAACGUAACCUCUUUUACUAAAAUGUUGUAAGAUCCGUACAACUUAGAUAAUGAUUAUAUCUAGGUAUCUUGCUAAAUGGUCACCCAUAACGUUUAAUUUUAAAUGAAGACAUGGAUACCACCCAAGACCCAACAGGACUUUCUAUGGUCUGUCAGAAAGUGGCACAAAGAAUUGUGGGAUCUGUAGAUGUAUUGACUCGGAUAGAUGUGGAUUCUUCUAUAUGAUAGGUCCCUAACCUGUAGGCUUGUCUCACUCUGGCAUUUCUAACCAUAGAAUAGGGGUGGAGUUUGUCAUGAAUAGUAAUUUAAACUUUUGGAAGCAAAACAGGAAGACUGCUUUUUAUAUCUGUUACUCUGUUAUGAGUCGAGGGAGCCUAUCACAUGUGUGGCUUUAAAAUGGAGCAAAAACCCAUAGGCAUGCCCCUCUGAGCAUCAAACUACUUGUUGGACUUGAGAACCUGACGAGACCCUUUGACGCCACACAGGAAGAAGUAUCAGCUGUAACUGAUCAAGAAAGGAAAGGAAAAGUUUCAGGCAGUGCCAUUGGGAUGGUGGUGGGCUAAGAAAGUGUUUUGCAAAUAGGCUUCUAUUUUACUGGUUCCGUUAAGGCAGGGGUUUUGAAACUGUGGAGCUGCCCCCCUAGGGAAGGCAGUGACUGGGAGGCCCCAGGCUGAAGGUUACUUAGGGUAACAUUUGGGGAGAAUGUCUAUUUACUCUCCUAGAAGCCCAUAUUAAUGCAUAAUUAUGUUGAAAUCUGGGACAAAGACUUAUUUGCUAUCCUAAAUAUUCUUGGAAAUAUGGCUUAAUGCCUGAUAGAAUAGACAUUUGGGAAGGACAGACCUAAUUUCUGGAUUUCACCAUUGGUAUAAUUUGCAUUUAAAUAUAUAUAUGCUGUCAGUCUCCGGGUUGAAUGUGAGCAUGAAGCCACUCUGGAUACAAGUCAACCUCCAAUCUAGGGUGCCCAGUGAAUGAGUCUUUGGGCAUUUCCCCUUACAUUGAACCUACAUAAAAAUGGGUCAGGAUUUUUUGACAUCUUUGUCUUAACAAAACUCACAUUAAGUAUGUGGUGGACUUAAUUGUACUUUGGUUUUGUUUUGUCAAGUAUUUAUUAGAACUGUAGUAUAUUCUGCUCCAUUCCAGCCAGCCAUUUAACCUGGUAUCAAGUUCCCAGAAUCAGUGCCCUUGGCUUUAUAAAGCAGAUUUUAAUGAGUUACUUUUUUCCUCUCUCCAUGUUGGUUAUUCUGCCAAAGGAUUUCCUUCAGAACAUUAAUUUAUAUUUAAAAUAUAAAAUAAGGACCAAACCCAACAACAUGCUUAAUGUUGAUUUUUUAAUGGACAAGGAAAGUUAAAAACACUAUGGGUGCCGGCACCCUCGCCCGGAGAGCAAAAUCACCAGCUGUCUUCUAUAAAAAGUGAACCAGCCAGGGGUACUAUUAAGCAGAGUGCAGCGGUGCCAUUUUUUCCUGCUCCUGGGUUUUCUUUGCAUGGACUUGGGCUGGGCACAGGCAUAGCAAUUUUUAAAGUUGGCGGUUCUGCACAUGGGCCACAAGUAACACAUAGGAGCAGAGAUAAAAUGGGGCCACUGCACUUAGUUUUUUAUAGAAGACGUCCAUUAGCCUUGAGCAAAGGGUUAGAGGUUUUGCUUAUUGGGAGGGUGGCCAACAAACUGGCACCUAGACAAAAAGGAGACCUUCCUCGCACACCCUAGCUCUCCAAAAAAUUGAAAAGCUAGGUGCACAAUGCUGGAGGGAUCGGCACCCUCCCAAAAAUUACAAAUAGUAAAAACCCAAUGGCACUCAGAGCUAUAAAUGGGACAAGCCCUUAGAUAUUUAUAUUGCGGAAAUGCACCUCUGCAAUAAAGAUUUCGAAGAGUUUCCCCCGUUUAUAGGUCUGAGUGCCAUUGCAUUUUUACUAUCAACAAACUGGCACCCCCAGUGUUUUUAAACUUUCCUUGCCUUUUAACAUAUCUUGUAAUAAGGUACCCUGGCUUAAAAUACCUUGUCAUUCUGAUAGCAGUGACCAUUAUGAAGCCUGGGUAUAUGUGCCUCUCCUGUAUAUAGCCCUGAACUGUUCUGAUGGUGAGUGCAUUCUCUUGCAUCGUAGGUGUGGGAAUAGCAACAUGGUCCAAGCUAUUCGAUACUAAUGUUUGAAAGGUAUGUUUUAUUUAUCACAUGAUUCAGAAUUUCUAACAUAACCCAGCAGAUCCAGUAAUUAAAUAUCAUUGGCAGGAUAAAAGUUUGUACAAUAUGGACCUUUUCCAACCAUGUUGAAUAUAUACCUUGGAUGGGAACUGGACUCAAAAACCAAAAUGUUUGCUUCUCUGACACUGGGAUCUGAUUUAGAAGUCAUACAUGCGUUUUUAUUGAACAACCAUCAAUCGGAAACCGCCAUCAUUAUGCUGUGUAUAAUCUCAUAAUACUAGAAGUCAUUAUUUGAAUUUCGAUCUACUGUGAAAUCACUUGAAUAAAUUUCAUGACAUUCCAGAAAA